AUGCAUAAUUUUUUGAGAGGGCUUAGAAAGGUCAUUGGCAAGGUCAAUAACCCAGCUCAACAUGCUUAUGUGGAGGGUAGACAAAUUCUCGAUGCAUCCUUAAUCGUGAAUGAGUUGGUGGACUUCUGCUCAAAAACAAAAAGUGAUGGUCGGAUGUGUAAGUUGGAUAUGGAAAAAGCUUUUGACAACCUGAAUUGGGAGUUUCUACUCAAAGUGAUGGAGAAGAAAGGCUUCAAGCAUAAAUGGCUCCUUUGGAUAAGGAAAUGCAAUGCUUCAGCCUCCUUUGCUGUUUUAGUGAAUGGAGCUGCUUCUGAUUUUUUCAUUUCCUAA